AUGGGGACGAGAGAACGUUUGUUGACGAUCGCCGACACUUCUGCCAUUAGCGUGGAGAGCACUUCAUGGGUUAGUUGUCGGGUCCCUAUAUCCGCAAAUGGCGUCAUGAUAACUUCUACACCUUUUAAACAAUCAAAUCUUCUAAAAAUAGACGAGGAAUUGGUUUGGAAAGGUAAGUAUGAAAGUCUGAAACUGUUUGUAAAAUCCGACUUGGGCAUUGACGGUCAAUGGAAAUCUACUGGCGGAGAAGUAAAGAAAUUCACGAGUAAAAGCUAUACGUUGAAGUGGCAUGGUAAAACAAAGCAAAAGCUCGUUGUAAUUCAAGAUGAUGAGAAUGAAAGCCUUCAAGAGAAACUUGUGAAAUCUGCCACGUCGGGUAAUUUCAAAGGUCAUGAUGUAGGACAACGUAGUGAAACCAUUGGAAACAAAAACACGCUCGAAGGCGUUCAGAAGUCGACAUCAUUGUCGAACGAUGACAAAGACAAAGACAAAAACAAGGCAGAAAACCAAACUGUAGCGGUCAACUUCCCGACCGAAGUGCCCUAG